AGGGCCCGGGUAUAUCAGGCGGGACUCGGGCGCUCCCCCUCGCUCUCGCGCGUUAGGAGGCUGGGGUGUGUGUGGCGCGCUGUCUUCCCGCCCGCGUCAGGGACCUGCCGACUCAGCGGCUGCCAUGGCAUCAGACGAAGGCAAGCUUUUCGUGGGAGGGCUGAGCUUCGACACCAACGAGCAGGCGCUGGAGCAGGUCUUCUCCAAGUACGGGCAGAUCUCUGAAGUGGUGGUGGUGAAGGACAGAGAGACCCAGCGAUCCCGCGGCUUUGGCUUUGUCACCUUUGAGAACAUCGAUGACGCUAAGGACGCCAUGAUGGCUAUGAAUGGGAAGUCUGUGGAUGGGCGGCAGAUCCGAGUUGACCAGGCCGGCAAGUCUUCUGACAACCGCUCCCGUGGAUACCGAGGUGGCUCUGCCGGAGGCCGAGGCUUCUUCCGAGGGGGACGCAGCCGGGGCCGUGGGUUCUCCAGAGGUGGGGGAGACCGGGGCUACGGAGGAGGAGGAGGCCGCUUUGAGUCCCGGAGUGGGGGUUACGGAGGCUCCAGAGACUACUAUGCCAGCCGGAGCCAGGGUGGCAGCUAUGGUUACCGGAGCUCGGGCGGGUCCUACAGAGACAGCUAUGACAGUUACGGUAAGUCUGGCUCCAAGGACGCCGCCACCCGAGUGGUGUGCGGUCGUGCCACAGCAGCUUAGGCCACGCCCGGGCAGGGCUCCGGACUGCCGCACAGGACAGGAGCCAGGUGCAGGAACCCCGGGCCAGCGCGGGCGGCCCCGGCUCCUGUGCCUUUACACUGUUCGCUUCUGUCCUCAGCUACACACAGCGAGUAAAAGCCCUCCUCCUCCUCCUCCUCCUCCUCGUCCAGACCGCCCGCCGCCACGGCUGUAAUUAAGAUGGGGGAGCUUCGCUGAAGGUUGUGUCAUGAGCACCCGGUCCCCACUUUUUAGUCCUUUGAGUUCCGACCCAUCCGCAGCCUGCUUCUGACCCAGAUGGCCUCGUGACCAGACUUUGUUUUGAGGAAGCGCUGUCUUUUUAAGCGUUGUGAAAACGUUUUGGAAAGCACUUCAGAUUGUACUUUUUACCAGGAGCCAUGGGUUUUUGUUUUUUCUCAGUUGUCGGGGUUGUGUGGGGGUUUUGGUUACUCGUUUUUGCUUUUUCGGGUUUUUCGGGUGUGUCGUUUUUUCUUUUUGUGUGGUCGCCCAUGAAGUCUGGCGCCCCACCCUCCUGAGACGGAAUGGACUCAGUUGAGCAGGCCAUGGCUCGGCGAGCGCAGCGGGCCCGCCACCGGGCACAGGGCGCCGCCCCGGGCCCAGCAGUCCGGGAGGCUGUGGAGGUGUUUAUUUAUAGUGUCCUUUUUUACCGAAGACGUGCACACUCCAUCGAUGUUGUAUUCACAGUGGCCGAGGAAUUCUUGUACGCAGUUUCUUUGGCUUCACGAAGCCGAUUAAAAGACCGUGUGAAACGAGCCUCACUGACCCUUCCCUUUCGUUGCCGCACUGGGCUGCGGCUCCGCGGCCAGCAGGGCAGCUAGGAAGGAGCAGGGCAGUGCGGGGCGGCGGCGGGCGGGCGGCAGGGCGGGCGGGCAGGGACCGGCUGCCCAGCGGCUGCCCUCCAGUCGCAGGCGCUCCCUGCUAGCCUCGGAAGCCGCAGCCCUGGGGACAGACGAGCCGCAGACCCUCCGAGACUGCCUGCUGCUCCCCGCUAGCGCUGCAGCUGGCCUGUGCCUCGAGGUAACGCCUUCGCCCGGGUCGCACCCUCCGGUGGACAGCUCCCGAGGACGGACGGAGACUUAGGCCGGGGCGUCGAGCCGGGGCCGCCCGCCCGCCCGCCCGCCUGCCUUCGUGGACACGAUUUUGCUCCCUGACGGGCCUCGGGCCUUUAGCCUGAGUCCGGGAGGCGCUGAGCGUCAGAGCCGCGAGGGCGGGGCGCAGGGCGGCGGGAGGGCGCUGCAGAACCCCGGGGACGCCGCGGUCACGCGCCUCUGUUUGGCAGGAUGAAGGGGAGCCAGGCUGCACCGCGGGAGCACGCCGAGGCCGCGACUUCGCCGGCAAGAGCCGCAGAGCGCACACGCCGGCCUGGCCACUGAGAGCUGACGGCGGCCGGGCGGGCUUCCUGCCGGCCGAGAGGAGGGCGGGCGGGCCGCUGCGGCAGCCCCUUCCUGGGGGUGCCUGAAUAAAGGCUGUGACCCACA